AUGGGGACACUAUGGUACUUCCUUUGUCUCUUCCUUCUUUCGGUAGUCCAAGGUGAUAAGUUCCAAAGACGUGACCAUUCCCUCUUUCCACCAUAUACGGGUGGAUGGACCUCUUACGGUACUACUAUUUUCACCCCAAGUGUUAUCCGGCUGACAACCGAUCAGCCUGGUUCUAUGGCGGGUGUUUCAAAUGUGUACCCUCUCCUUUUACGUGACUGGGAAAUCAUAAUUGACUUCGAGGUGUCUGGCUCGACCGGUUCCCUUUAUGGCGAUGGUUUCGCCUUCUGGUACACAGAACAUCCCAUUAAGCCAGGUCCAGCACUUGGAGCAGAGGUGAAAUUCCGGGGUUUGGGUGUUUUCUUUGACACCUACAGCAACCACAACGGCGAACACGACCACGAACACCCCUACGUGAGUGCAAUGGUCAGCAACGGCUCAAUUGCGUACGACCACGACCACGACGGGACGCAAACCCAAUUGGCUGGCUGCCAUUCUCCUUUCAGAAACAAAAAGCACAAAACCAAGGCACUCAUCCAGUAUUCUCGCAAUACCCUUAAAGUUUCGAUGGACAUCGAUAAUCAGAACCAAUGGGCGUCGUGUUUCGAGGUCGGCGGUGUUCAUUUACCCACCGGUUACUACCUCGGAGUUUCCGCUGCAACUGGCGACUUAACCGACACUCAUGAAAUUUACUCUUUGAAGACCUACGAUCUUGGCCUCGUAUAUACCGACGAGGAGUUGUUGGAAGAUCGAAGCAAAAUCGAGCCUUCAGCUGACUCCGCCGAAGCGCCAAGGCCACACGUCCCCGAUGUCCCUCAGCGCUCCACCUGGAGAAUCGUUUUCUACGUCUUUUUAUUCCUCCUUCUUGUUGGCUGCUGUUUUGUUGGAUACGUCUGCUACGUAAACAACCAGCGACGCAAGCGACGCCUCUUCUAG